GUGGAUAGAAGUUGGAUGUACAACAGGUAUUAUCCAUUUACAAAAAACGUUUCUCUUGAAUUUAUAAAUGGAGUUGAGAGUUUUGUUCAAUUUGUUUGUGCUCAACAUGAGUUUAUUAGUGGAGAAGAAAUUCGAUGCCCAUGUCGGAAAUGUGCAAACUGACGCUUUUGUGAUACUGAAACAGUAAAGCUUCAUCUUUAUAGGCAUGGAUUUGUUGAAGCUUACGAAUGUUGGACUUCUCAUGGUUGAAUAUACUAGUGAAAAUGUUCAAGGAUAUAGCAGUGAAAAUGUUCAUGGAUCACAUUUUGAAAGUCAUGAUGUGAUGUCGUGGGAUCAAAGGAUGCUAGAAGAUAUUUUUGGUGGACAAGUGCCAACAAACUCCACAAACUUUGAUUCAUCUAAUACACAAGUAGAAGAAGAUGAAUCGUCAAACAUGAAUGAUGUAUCAUACUUGGCAGAUCACUUCCAGAAUGUAUUACGAGCUUCCGAUCAACCUUUAUAUGAAGGAUGUAGUGAAGAGUCUCAAUUACAAUUCAUUUCUGAAGUGAUGAGUAUAAAAUUGGAUUUUAAUGCUCCACAAGAUGAAGUUAAUCGGUGGUUGAACUUAUUUAGUCGAUAUUUACCCCGUGACAACACUGUCCCAAGAAAUUAUUACGAGACAAAAAAGGUUGUGGCAGAAUUGGGACUUCCUGUUGUGAAGAUUGAUGCUUGCCCCAAAGGGUGUAUGUUAUUUUGGAAAAAUGACAAAAAGUUGGAAGUGUGUAGAUUUUGUGGAGAGAAUUGAUACACAUUUGAUGCAUAUGAGGAAUGUCAUUCAAAAAAAUGUAAGCGAACUGCUAUUUCAGUAUUACGUUAUUUACCUUUGACGCCGAGGCUACAAAGAUUAUAUGCAUCAUGUCAAACAUAUGAAUCUAUGAUAUGGCAUUCGACUCAUGAGUCAACAGGAACUUUGAUGGGUCAUCCUUCAAACUGCGCCUCAUUAUUCAACAUUUUACCCGGGUCAUUACAUGUCGAUGCAACAACCCCAGCCUGUGCAACAGCCCUUACCUUCUCAAACGGCAUUUCAAUUCAUCCCCCUAGCCACGCACAACUUGUCUCAAGAGGACAACAACAACUUUAUCAACAAUAUAUUAGUUGAUAAUGAAGGGGGCAAUGCAGGUGGACAUUGAAGAAUUGUAUUUCAGUUUUUAUAUUUUGUUGUGAACAAACUGGUUGAAGUAUUUUGCUGAUGUUGUAAUGAACUAAUUACUCUAGUUUGUUUAUUAAAUUCAGGUUUGUAUGCAUUUGCAAUUUGGAUAAUAAU